GAUUUCGGAUGUUGGAACUAAGGCGGUAAUACAAAAUAUGAUUCCACAGUUUGUCGCCAAUUAAAUGUACCAAGAAGAAGCAUGUUGAGUGGCAGUGAAGUUUAAUCCAUGACAUCUUGUUCUGUUUUUGGCCUUCACUCACCUGUUCUUUUGGUGUUUCACGUCUAUUCUGCAUACAUCAAUGAAUACUUGCAACCGACUUGAUCUUAAGAUUGGUGUUGAUGGUGUCAGUUGUACUGAUUUUUCAAUUGUUGGUGAUAAGAUUUUUCUCGCUGUUGGUACAUGCAAUGGAAGAGUUCGCCUGUUUGACUAUAUGAACCGAACAAAUUCUUUAUACCAACGCCGUUGGCACAAGACUAUUCGAUGCUUGUCAUUCUUUCCUGCAUUACCAAAUUUAUUAGUCUCAGCAUCCAGUCAAAGUGGUUUGAAAAUACAUGAUAUGAACUCUGAAAAACAGAUAUGGGCGUGUUUUCAAGCUCACGGGAAGUCUCCUAUAUCCAGCCUUUUAACGCUAAAACAUGGACAGUGGGUUACUGGCGAUGAAGACGGAGUGAUCAAGAUGUGGGAUUCAAGGAAGUCAGGUUGUGUUUCAGUUAUGACUCCAAGUGAGGACCAUAAAUUUGAUGAUCAUUUCAAUGCUAUCAACGAUCUGGCUGUGUCCGAAGACUCCCACGGUACUCUACUGGCUGCUGUUGAUGAUGGAACAUUAGCAGUUUAUAACAUCCGACGUAGACGCUUUGAGAUGGCGUCAGAAACACUUGGAUACAGUGCUCGUACCCUCUGUAUUGUCAAGGCUAGUCAAAAAGUCCUUGUCGGUACUGAUGAAGGCGUGAUAUGCGUUUUUAAUUGGAAUGAAUUUGGAAAUAUAUGUGAUCGUUUUCCAGUGCAUCCUUUACGACCAUCUAAACACGGGCAGGCUAGAACAGCUACUGCCGGUGUACAUUCUGUUGAGAAGAUAGUAAAGAUUACAGAUGAUAUUGUUGCCGUGGCUACAGAUGAUGGAGUAAUAAGCGCUCUCAAUAUACUACCAAAUCGUCUGUUAGGAUGCAUUGGUUAUCAUAUGGAUACACCGGAUAGUGAUACAGGAGCUGAUUGUUUAACACUUUCUGUUUGUCCAGUUGAGAAUAUCAUUGCAUCAACGUGUCCUGCUAGUUCUUCUAUCAAAUUCUGGAAUACUUCUCCAGUGAUUAUACAAGCUGAAAAUGAGACAACAGAACUCAAAUUACCUAAGCAUCAGAGACAACUUGAUAGUACAAAGUUGAAAGGUGUAAAAUCACGUCGUUUGUGUUUAACAGAUACAAGUGAACGUAUGGAAUAUCUGGAAGGUUUAUUGCCAGAGAAAGUGAACACAUCAUCUAUACAUAGUCAUGAUUCUUCUUCAGAGGAUGAAGACUCAUGGAAUAGUGAAGCGGAGUGAUUGUGUACACCUUAUGUAUAUAAACUAUGUCUAUAUAAUACACAGUUCAUUUUCUUCCAUUUUUUCUACUUGUCGAGUAAAUAAAUAAAAGUAAGUGAGUAAAGUAGCUAUUCAUUCUCCUUCAACUU